AUGAAUCCUGUUCGCAUCUGUUCAUGGAAUAUAAAUGGGUUGCGCUCUAUUCAACAUCCGUUGAAAACUACUUUAGAUUCUCUUAAAUCUGAUAUAAUUUGUAUUCAGGAGACUAAAACCACACCUGACAUAAGUAGGGAAUUCGCACUUGCGGAUAAUUACAAUGGUUAUUUUAGUCAUAGUAUACACAAGACAGGAUAUUCAGGUACUGCGGUUUUUUGUCGUAAUCCUCUCAAGCCAACUAAAACAUUUCAUAACUUAAAUGAUAUACUUGUCGAAUCCAUUUCCUGCCGAAAUAAUUCAACGGAUGGAUGGAGUUUUCUCAAAACGAAACUAAAUAUCACUCAUACUGAAGCUCGUAACUUGGAUGCAGAAGGAAGAGUACUGGGUCUCCAGUUUUCUACUGAUAUAUUUACCCCCUUUCGAAUUCCAGACGAAAAGCGACCGCUGAUUGUGUUGUCCAUAUAUUUUCCCAGGUUAAAUCCAGAAAACGUUGAACGUUUGAAUUACAAACAUCUUUUCCAGUCUGCUGUACAACUUUGCAUUGAAUCACUUCUAGUAGAAAACAACGUAGUUAUUGCUGGGGACUUUAAUAUUUGUCACAAAAUGAUCGAUCAUUGUGCUCCAGACGAAUUUAUUAUGGAUGAGUCUUCAAAAUCUUUUCGCCAGUGGUUUGAUCGGUUGUUGAUUGAAGAACAGCAAGAUCUAAGUCUUAAUACUCAAAUCAGUGUUGGUUUAAGAAGAUUCGUGGAUAUCUUCAGGCUACUCCAUCCUCGUCGAGAAAAUGCUUUUACAUGUUGGUCGUCGCGUACGAAUGCUCGUCAAACAAAUUAUGGAGUCAGACUGGAUUAUAUUUUAUUCGACAUGAAACUUGUGGAGAUUAUCACCACCAUAUCAGAUAACAGUAUACAAGCAGACUUGAUGUCACAUAUAAAUGGAUCUGAUCAUUGCCCAAUAUAUGCAGAUCUACCAUAUUUUUACAAUUCAGAUUUGAUUUUUUCCUAUUCAUUUCCACCUAAAUGCUCUCAUUACUGGCCCCAAUGUCAGAGAAAGCAAAUGGACUUAGAGAGCUUCGUAAUGUCAAAGAGUCAUUCCAAAGUAACUAAACAAGCUUUUACUUCUCAUGACACACAAGCUUCCGUAUCCUGUGUAAGAAAUUCGCAUUCCAAAGAGAAACGUCUCGCUUUCAGGCAAACGAAAAUCACCUUCAGGGGUGAAAAUCAGAUAAUGUCCUUGACUCAUUUUUGUGAUUGUUAUAUGCCUAUGACGAAGAAUCUUAUUUUUGGGGAUCUAAUUAGUUAUUUUCUAUCAAACAGUAAUUUCUCCAUUUCGCUACUAUUUGAGUUGCACAGAUAAAGAGUAACCGUAGAUAUAUUUAAAUACACUUGAUAACCGAAUCCAAUAUUACUUAAAACAAUUUUGAUAAUUUAAUGAAAAAAACUGCUGUAUUAUCAGUUAAUUCAUACGCUGUGUUUUUUAUCAGAGUCUAUACCAAUAGAGACGGCUACACGUAUACAUGAUCAAUUUUCAAGUAAAGAGAAUACGACUGAAACUCUCCAAAGAAAAAAUUACGACCCAUCUCAAACAGCUCAGUCAACUGAAGCAUGGCGAAAUCUUUUUUCAGGGCCGAAGAAACCUCCUGUAUGCCUUGGCCACAAAGAACCUUGCGUCAUGAGGACUGUGAAAAAUUUAAAAGCAACUAAAGGUAGUCGAGUCGGCAGGCGGUUUUGGGUUUGUGCACGCCCUCAAGGCGCUUCAGACAAUCCAGCUGCCCGGUGUAGCACAUUUUUUUGGGAUGACCAAAUACCAAAAAAUAAGUUACUCUAGUAGCAGUUUUGUAUU